UACUGGUGGGCAUUGGUAGAGCAAAUAGGAAGUAAGAGCAAGUCCAACAGCUUCCCUAUUUGAGCUUCUAAACUCAAAAAUAGGGAAUGUGUCCAAAAAUGACACUCCAACAGUGUCCUAGCCAUGCCCUAAAUCACUAGGAAAUUCUAAAAAACACUAACCAUGCCCUAAAAUUAGGUAUCCUCUAGCCAUCCCCUAUUUUAUUUUUAUCAAUAAAAAAAUGAUUUCCCUCCCUCUGCUCCAUCAAUUCCCUCCUCUUUUCUCAUUUCCCUCCUUUUCUUUUUACCGCUGAAACUAAAAGUCUGUAUACAUUCUUCUAACCACGGCUCACAAAUUUGGUGGCUUUGAUCAAGUCAGAUAAAAUUAAUGGAGUCUCCAAAUUCCUUCACUCUUCGCAACAAGUUGGUUCCAACUUCUCAGAAUAAUCAGCACCAGGUGAAUUUGGAGACGAAUUGUAGCGAAAAAGUGCCUUCAUUCAUGGAUAUACUUACUUCAGAAUUUUCCGAUUACGAGGAGCUUGUAAGACCAACACAAAAUCCUUCUUUUUCACAAAGUCCUAGUGAAGGCGAAAGCGUUGAAGCAACACUUGUUCCGCCUCAAGUGUUUUCUUCACAGAAUACUAAGAAAAACAGGAUACGAACAAAAAAUUUUACAAAACAGGAGGAUGAAAUGCUCAUUUCAGCUUGGCAAAAUGUUUCACUAGAUCCGGUUACGGGUGCUGAUCAAACAACUGGAACCUAUUGGCAGAGAGUGCAUAACUAUUUUAUGAAACACAAAGAAUUCGAAUCUAAUCGUAAUGUCUCUUCAUUAACUCAUCGAUGGUCUAUGAUUCAGCUUGGAGUUAAUAAAUUUCAUGGAUUUUACAACCAAUUUGAUGGGCGAAGUGGGUAUUCAGAACUUGAUAAGAUUGACGGUGCAAAAAAGAUGUACAAGGAAGUUUACAAAACUAGCUUCUCUCUGGAGCACUGUUGGAAUCUCUUAAGACACUUGCCUAAAUGGAAUACUGAGUUUGCUACAAAGAAAUCAAAAGCUCGAAAAGAAAGUCCCACAUCUCCUUCCUCACCAGAAUGUGUUAUGUUAGAAAAAUCAGAACUUGAAAGGCCAAUUGGAAGGAAGGCUGCUAAAGAACUACAAAAGAAAAGAAAGAGGCCAGGAAUGGAUUGUGAUGAUAAUAGCGGAGCUGCUAUUCUGGAACAAAUGAGAGUUGAGUUGCUGGAAUCUAGAAAACAAAGAAAUGAACACCUAAAAGAAAUGAUGCAAUUAGCCAAGGAGAAGGAGGAACGUGAGAGGAGAAGAGAAGAAAAGGAACAAGAUGAAGCUGAUGCAAAAAUAAUGGCAAUGGAUACACGUUCAAUGGGGGCUAUUGAAGCUGAAUAUUUUAACUCGAGGAAGCAAGAAAUUAUGGAAAGAAGGCGUGCUCGUUUUUUCUAGAUAAAUAUAAUAUAUUCCUCAUCGCGAAAGUUUUUGAAAAGUUUUAAUUGUCUGGAUGCUGUUUUAGAUUGUCUAUUUUGUGAAUUAUGCUGGAUAGAUGUUGUGAAUGAAUUUGAACUUCUUUUGAUAUUCUGCAAUUCUGCAAUUUGGUUACUGAAAUGAGGUUGCAGCAGAUGUAUUGAAAUGCAGUGUUAUGAAUUUUGUUCCUGGGGACAUAAUUAUAUGGUGAUCAGGUCUGGAAGAAACAAUGGUCACAUGUUUGUCAGCGGAGAUAAACAAGUUUCAUGAUCACAGGUGGAACACCUGGCAGGCAACCU